UCAGCCGGCGCUAUGGCGAAGCCCCUGACGGACAGCGAGAAACGAAAGCAGAUCAGCGUGCGCGGGAUCGCGGGGCUGGGCGACGUGGCCGAGGUGCGCAAGAGCUUCAACCGGCACCUGCACUUCACGCUGGUCAAGGACCGCAACGUGGCCACGCCCCGCGACUACUACUUCGCCCUGGCGCACACGGUGCGCGACCACCUGGUGGGGCGCUGGAUUCGCACGCAGCAGCACUACUACGAGCGCGACCCCAAGCGCAUCUAUUACCUUUCCCUGGAGUUCUACAUGGGCCGUACACUGCAGAACACGAUGGUGAACCUGGGCCUUCAGAAUGCUUGUGAUGAAGCCAUCUAUCAGUUGGGGUUAGACUUGGAAGAACUGGAGGAAAUAGAAGAAGAUGCUGGCCUGGGGAAUGGAGGCUUGGGGAGGCUGGCAGCCUGCUUCCUUGACUCGAUGGCCACCUUGGGCCUGGCCGCCUAUGGCUAUGGAAUCCGCUAUGAGUUUGGGAUUUUUAACCAGAAGAUUGUCAAUGGCUGGCAGGUAGAGGAAGCCGAUGACUGGCUGCGCUAUGGCAACCCCUGGGAGAAGGCCCGGCCGGAGUACAUGCUUCCUGUGCACUUCUACGGGAGAGUGGAGCACACCCCCGAGGGGGUGAAGUGGCUGGACACUCAGGUGGUGCUUGCCAUGCCGUACGACACCCCAGUGCCAGGCUACAAGAACAACACUGUCAACACCAUGAGGCUGUGGUCCGCCAAAGCGCCCAACGACUUCAAUCUCCAAGACUUUAACACGGGCGGCUACAUCGAGGCGGUCCUGGACCGGAAUCUGGCCGAGAACAUCUCCAGAGUCCUGUACCCCAACGACAACUUCUUUGAGGGGAAGGAGCUCCGCCUGAAGCAGGAGUACUUCGUGGUGGCUGCCACCCUGCAGGACAUUGUCCGCCGCUUCAAGUCCUCCAAGUUCGGCUGCCGGGACCCAGUGAGAACCUGUUUUGAGACACUCCCAGACAAGGUUGCCAUUCAGCUGAACGACACCCACCCAGCCCUCGCCAUUCCUGAGCUCAUGCGGAUCCUGGUGGAUGUGGAGAGAGUGGACUGGGACAAGGCCUGGGAAAUCACAAAGAAGACCUGUGCGUACACCAACCACACCGUGCUGCCGGAGGCCUUGGAGCGCUGGCCCGUGUCCAUGUUUGAGAAGCUGCUGCCAAGGCACCUGGAAAUUAUCUAUGCCAUUAACCAGCGGCACCUGGAUCAAGUGGCUGCCCUGUUCCCUGGGGACGUGGACCGCCUGCGGAGGAUGUCUGUGAUUGAGGAAGGGGACUGCAAGCGGAUUAACAUGGCCCACCUGUGUGUGAUCGGAUCCCAUGCUGUCAAUGGCGUGGCUAGGAUCCACUCGGAGAUCGUGAAGCACUCAGUCUUUAAGGACUUCCACGAGCUGGAGCCAGAAAAGUUCCAGAAUAAGACGAAUGGCAUCACCCCCCGGCGGUGGUUGCUCCUUUGUAACCCGGGUCUGGCUGACAUCAUCAUGGAGAAAAUCGGGGAGGGCUUCCUGACCGACCUGAGUCAGCUGAAGAAGCUCCUGCCCUUGGUCAGCGAUGAGGUGCUCAUCAGGGACGUGGCCAAGGUCAAGCAGGAGAACAAGCUGAAGUUCUCUGCCUUCCUGGAGAAGGAGUACAAGGUGAAGGUCAACCCCUCCUCCAUGUUCGACGUGCACGUGAAGAGGAUCCAUGAGUAUAAGCGGCAGCUGCUGAACUGCCUGCACACCGUCACCCUGUACAACCGAAUAAAGAAGGACCCUGCCAAGGCUUUUGUGCCCAGGACUGUCAUAAUCGGGGGUAAGGCAGCUCCUGGUUACCACAUGGCCAAGAUGAUCAUCAAGCUGGUCACGUCCAUCGGCGAUGUUGUCAACCACGAUCCAAUUGUGGGCAACAGGCUCAAAGUGAUCUUCCUAGAGAACUACCGAGUGUCCUUGGCUGAAAAAGUGAUUCCCGCUGCUGACCUAUCACAGCAGAUUUCCACUGCGGGCACCGAGGCCUCAGGUACGGGCAACAUGAAAUUCAUGCUCAACGGGGCCCUCACCAUUGGCACCAUGGAUGGUGCCAACGUGGAGAUGGCUGAGGAGGCCGGAGCUGAAAACCUCUUCAUCUUUGGCCUUCGGGUGGAAGACGUACAGGCCCUGGACCAAAAAGGGUACAAUGCCCAAGAGUACUAUGACCGUCUGCCCGAGCUAAGGCAGGCUGUGGAUCAGAUCAGGAGCGGCUUCUUCUCUCCCAAGGAACCAGACUGUUUCAAGGACAUCGUUAACAUGCUGCUGAACCACGACAGGUUCAAGGUGUUUGCAGAUUAUGAAGCGUAUGUGGCAUGCCAGGCCCAGGUGGACCAGCUGUACCAGAACCCCAAGGAGUGGACCAAGAAGGUCAUCAGGAACAUUGCCUGUUCGGGCAAGUUCUCCAGUGACCGGACCAUCACGGAGUAUGCCCGCGACAUCUGGGGUGUGGAGCCCUCUGGCCUACAGAUCCCGACCCCCAACAUCCCCAGGGACUAGGUGAUAGCACAGUGAGGACCAGUGGGCUUUUGUUUUCUUAUUGACUCCACACCUCAUGCCAUUUUCCAAGUGGUCCGUUGUUUUCAGUGCUGUGUUUCCGAGACUGGGAAGGAAAGGUGCUAAGAGUGAGAUGCUGCCUGGUUUCUGGCAGGAAAGCAAAGCUCAUAGCACUGACCAGCUGGCCCCACAGCUUCAUACUACCUACCCCUUUGGCCCUCCCCCACCCCACAGAAGUGGGUAAGGUGAAGCCACCUGCUGGGCUCCUCCGAGACCUUACACACACCUUGCUGUGAGCUUGUUUUAAGUUUUGAGCCUCUAGAUUCUGGGGUCUGGGCAAGUGGCAGUGGCAACACCUGAAGUAUGUUUCUGCAGUACCUGGGUUGGCCAGGCGGUGCCGACUCAGCUCUGUUCCUGGUUGUGCUGGGAGGGUCCAGUGCUCCAAGCCAUCUUUACAGCUGCCCCGUGGGUGCUCCGGACCACUAAGGGGGCCUUGGUUAGGAUAAGGCUGGCUGAUACAGUUAGCCUGAUUUUCCUUUUUCAAAAGAAAAUUAACUUCACAAGGAAAUGAAACUAGCUGAAGUCUUUUCUUGUUUAGUAACUAAAAAUUGUACUUUUGAAACUUCAUGUCAGGGGAGGCAAUUCUGGGAUAUUUUCGCCCAGCUGUGGGGGCCUGGGGCAGGGUUGCGUCUCUGCUGAGGGAGGCUGAGUGCCUAGCCCCUGCUGCAGAUCUGCACCCUUUCUGCCCUGGAGGGCACAUUUCUUGUCUUACAUGCAAGGCUGCCUCUCCCUCUCCCUCCAUCUCUGCCACUGCCACACGCGGGGCUGGAAAAGGACCAACUGGGCCCAGAGGGCAGCGCACUUUCCACUCUGCCCGAAGGGCGGGUGAGCACGUCAGCCACUGGAGGAGAGAGCCAGCGGCAGGUGGCACCCUUCACUGCAUUUGUUGGCAAUGCUGGAUGGAAGCACCCUUCCAGAGGCUCUGCCUCCUUGCACGCCGGGUCUGAGCACCACAGGCUGGGUCCUAACUGCUCGUAGAACCAGGCCAUGGAGGACUUGCUCAAGUACAUACUUCAUCAGAGCCACUGGGGUCUGUGGUCACACCCCCAACACCCUCCAUUGCCCUGUCCCUUAGGCUGUGUGUGACCGUCACUGUGCCACUUGCUGAUUAAAACUUCCUACCCAUGUUUGGUUGAGUUGGCCUCUGCAUUUUACUCUGGGUCAGCCUGGGGCAGGCCUCAGUCCCUCCCUCCUAAAGAGGGGAUGGGCUAAAUUAUGGCACCAUAUUCUGGCACUGAAGACAGGAAGUUCUCUCAUCCAGCUGUUGUGGCUUAGAGCUGUGUGUGCCUGAACUGCCAGCUCUUCAAGGAAUUGUGAAAUCUAAUCACUUGGUAAACUGUCCUCUGGGCACUGGCAUUUCUGCUCUGAA